AUGCGCGAGCGGGCAACUUCCCUGACGAGCAGGGUGCCAGUACGGCCUGAGAGGUACGAAGCUAUCGAGCUGCAAGCAUGCUCGCCUACACUCUCUGCGCCUGCAUUCCUGUCCGAGGUUGACUCCACGCCGGUGUCGCGCUCGCCGAGUCGGCUGCAAAAUCAAAUAAGCAGCGCUUUCAACGAUGGUUCAGACGGCCAAUUCGCACAAGAGAUGCUUGCAAAACCCACGUUGACGUUGGCCGAGGUGCAACAUGCUAUGUCGGACUAUGCGCAGCCAAGGGCUCUCAGUGUUCGCGACUUGCACAGAGAGCGCACAAAGUCACGCGCGCUGUCUGCCAUUGAUGUCAGCCGCCCGUCAACCUCGCCUUUCUCUUCUGCUGGAGAUAUGCCCCUGCCGACGCCACGAUCAUAUCUCGGCUCGGAUCAGGACGCAAUCGAUAUCGAAGGCUUCUAUGGCGCCAACACGCCCCGCGCAUCACCUUUGCCAGGAACGGCUGCAUCUGAGAGCACUCCAUUCGAAAAGGCUCCUCCGCGUUAUAGUCAAAUGCCACCGCCCAAGACGCCAGAGAUUGCACCAACUAUCAAGCUGCUCUUUGCUCUGACGAGCAAGCGGGAGUUCUUCAUGCUGAUUCUGCCUGCUCUCAUCUGCUCAGUCGCCACGGGUCUUAUUCCGACGUAUAUGACGACCGUCAUGAGCAAAUUCUUCGAUGCCUUCAUUCAAUACCAGGCUAUACAGCAGACUACCUCGUCUCCCGACGCAAUCAAGCCUGCUCAGCAUGCUUUACUGACCUCGACACUCCAUAGCGCACUGAUCAUGUUCCUCCUGGCGGCAUUGACGCUCACCGGAGAGACUGUCUCACUCACGCUGUGGUCUUGGAACGGCGAAAAGAUCGCUCGCUCGCUCAGACUGAAUGUCUACGAUUCCGUCACGAACAAGAGCAUGACCUGGUUCGAUACUGGCAUGUGUGGCAGCACAAAUGACGAUGGCGAGGAUAGCGGCGAGGCAAGUGCUGGCUUGAUGGGUCGCUUUCAGAGAGAGAUCGACGACGUACGCAUGGGUGCCUCGCAAAAUAUGGGCAUGCUCGUUCAGUAUCUGUCGACUAUGCUGUCCUGCUUGAUAUUGGCAUUCUUCAGGUCCUAUCAGCUCACUCUUGUCAUCCUGGCCUCUGUGCCACUCGUCGUCGUCUUGACUGCGGUCACAGAGACAAUGGCAGAGCCGCUGAUCGGUUAUGACCGCGAUCUGACUUCUGCUGCAGCUACACGUGCAGAACGCGCUCUCAGCGCAAUUACGACAGUCAAAGCAUUCAACGCAGAACAAAAGGAAGAAGACGCAUUUGUAGCGACGGUUGACAAAGUCAGGUCGACGUACAACCGGCUGGCUGCCGUCUGGGGAGUCCGAAUUGGCGGCUCGCACUUCGUCCUACUGGCCAUGUUCGUACAAGGCUUCUGGUUCGGCCACUAUCAGGUCAGCAAAGGCAAGAUCACAGGCGGCACGGUCAAUGAGGUCUUCUGGGCAACCUUGCUUGGCAGCAGCAACCUACAAGGCUGCAUACCUGUCCUCAUCUUCAUUGAGAAGGCAAAGGUCGCCAUGGCCAGUUUGCUCACUCUGAUCGCAAGUCCGAGCGAACGGCCAAGCACAGUCGCCGUCCCAUUCCCCGCUACACCGCAGCUCGACACGACUUUUGACAAGGCAGAAAUUCGCGUAGCUGCUGCUACCCCAGAGCCAGACGCGCUGAACUAUAUUCCUGCCGGUGGUAAAGGCAGCGGUCAUAUCAGAGAACUUAAACGCAUCCAACCUCGCUCAUUCAGUGGCGAGCUAGCGCUACACGAAGUCACGUUCCACUAUCCUGCGCGGCCGCCUCCUGCAGAUCCAGUCCUCACAGAUGUCUCGCUCUACUUCGCUCCUCGCGAGACGACAUACAUCGUCGGUGGGUCAGGAUCGGGCAAAUCAACGGUCGGCGCGCUCUUGCUUGGCUUGUACGAGCCAGACUCGGGUCGCAUCGAAGCAGACGAGCAGUCGACGCGUUUUCUUGACCAGACAUGGCUCCGUCGACAGAUCGGCAUGGUUUCGCAAGGCGCGUCGGUCUUGUUUGAUGGGUCUGUGCACGACAAUGUGGCAAUCGGCGUUGUCGGCUCUGGUGAUCGCCAGCCGAGCGACGUCACGCGCGAAGAAGUUAUCACCGCCUGUCGACUUGCGCUCAUUCACGACUUCAUCUCGGAUUUACCGGAGGGCUAUGACACAUGGCUGAGCGGCGCAAAGGGGGCAAGUUUGAGUGGUGGCCAGCGCCAACGCCUUGCGAUUGCUCGUGCCUCCAUCAGAAAUCCAACCGUGCUCAUCUUAGAUGAGGCCACGUCUGCACUCGAUGGAACCUCGCGCUUCCUUGUGUCUGAAGCGAUCAAAAAAUGGCGCACGAAUCAAACCACGAUUGUGAUUACACACGACUUGACACCGAUUGCUCAGGAUGACUUUGUGUAUGUCAUGCAACACGGCAAAGUCAUGCAAGAGGGCUACAGACGUGAUCUAGACAAGGCAGACGGUCCCUUUGCAGAGAUGAUGCAGCUCAAUGCGCUUGCUAUGGGCGCACCGAAAGAAGAGAUCCUGCCAGAGAUCCAAUGCACUCCACCGACAGAUGACCGCAAGUCUCUCGCAGAUGGUUGGCGACCCUCGUUGUAUCGUGCAUCAUCAGCCGUCAGCGACUGGAUGCCGCGCGUCUCUGUCGUCAAUUUCACCCGUCGCAAAAGCUUCGUCAAUGCCAGCUUGUCUUUCUUGCCGGACAUGGGAGAAGCAACUUCGCAAGCGCAGGUCUAUCUUAGCUCUCGGCGAGCUUCCCGUCCUGCCUUUGUCGAAGGUGAUUCGUAUAGCUCGACGCGAUCUCCUUCGACAAGUCCUACAUCUCUAGCGUAUUUCGGUGGAGCAAUACCCAGAUCCCCCGUCGGGCCACGUCUGGGGCCUAUGUCAGUUGCAGGAUUCGAGAAUAUCGGUCUUUCUGCUUCUUCGCGGCGACCAGGUGGACGAUCUGGCCGACCGGUGACUAUCUUCGAAGCCUUCAAAGCUGCCGACAUUGCGAUUGCAAUGGAUGGCGACAAGCCAGCGGCCGGCCCGACGGGUCUGAUCAGUCUGCUCCGUGUCAUCUAUCCGACCAUUCCUAACAAACCUCUCCUCUUUCUUGGCCUGUUCCUCUGUUGCGUCGCAGGAUCGAUGACGCCAAUCUUCUCAAGCUUACUGGCAAAGCUUAUUGCUAGUCUAGGCGCGCCAGACUCGACUGCAGCUAGCACUACAAAGACCUCGUUGCUCGUUCUGCUAGUCGCAGCAGCAGACGCAGGCUCGCAGGGUUUCAAGUUUGCUUUCUUGCAAUGGACAGCGAUGGGCUGGAUCACCGCUAUCCGUCGUAAAGCAUUUCACCUCAUCAUCAAGCAAGACAAGGCAUACUUUGACGAUCCGAACAAUAGCCUAACAGGGAUCGUCACAAGUCUCGUGAAAGAUGCAGAGGACGCGCGCAACUUGGUCGGCAAUAUCAUCGGCCAGAUCGUUGUGGUCGUGGCAAUGAUCUCAUUUGCCCUCAUAUGGGCUCUUGCUGUCGGUUGGCAGCUCACGCUCGUCGGAAUGGCUAUUGGGCCGAUUUACAUAGCGUGCCUAUCGAUGCAAACGACACUUCUCAGCCGAUUCGAAGCCGAAAACAAGCGGAAGCGUGAAGACUGCGCCAAGCGUUUCCAUGUCAGUGUGUCCAACAUUCGCGCUUUGCGAGCCAUGUCGCUGGAAGCUGUCUUCGUCGACAAAUUCGCGACGUCCGUCGAGGACUGCUAUCGCGGCGACAGCAAGGCAGUCAUCAUUGCCUCGCUUGGCUACGGUAUCGCCAACGGAAUGACUUAUAUCGCAGAAGGCCUGAUGUUCUACGUUGGCGCCGUCUUGAUCGUCAGACAGAACUACACCUUCCCUCAGAUGGUCCAGAUCUUUACGCUCAUUGUGUUUGCCGUCACAUUUGCUGCUCAGAUCAUGAGCUUCGUGCCGCAACUUGCUAAAGCGUGCCAGGCGUCAAUUGAUCUGGUCAGGUUCCUCAAGCUGACCGAGGACACACAAGAGAGUGAAGGCGCCAUGUCUUUUCCGAUCAAAGGUUGCAUCAAAUUCGAGAAUGUCACUUUUGCCUAUCCUGCGGCCUCCCACGUGCCGGUUCUCAAAGGCGUCAACUUCGAAAUACAGCCAGGCGAGUCGGUCGCAAUUGUUGGUGCAUCGGGGUCGGGGAAAUCGACAAUCGUCUCUCUAUUGCAAAGGCUUUACGUGCCAGACGAAGGCGACAUCAUGAUCGACAAUCGCUCUCUUGAGCGGAUCAGCACAACAUAUCUUCGCAAUCAUCUCGCAGUCAUCAGCCAGCAUCCUGCAUUGUUCGAUAGCUCUAUCUCGGAAAACAUCGCCUAUGGCGAAGAGAGGCUGCCUCGACACGAUGAGAUCCGGGCAGCAGCAGAGGCGGCGCAAGCACACGAGUUCAUUUGCGCUUUGCCGAAAGGCUACGACACGCAUCUCGGCGAGAAUGCCUCUUUGAUCUCGGGCGGCCAAGCUCAGCGUAUACAGAUUGCCAGAGCUUUGCUCCGGCCCCGAGAGAUCUUGCUGGGCGACGAGAUCACCAGCGCUCUGGAUCCGGUCAGUCAAAAUGCAGUCAUGGCGACGCUGAAAGACAUCAAAGUCGGUCGUACGACAGUCAUCGUGACGCACAAGGCGGCGGUGAUGAAGACGUGCGAUCGUGUCAUCGUCAUCGAUGAUGGCAAAGUCAUCGAGGACGGUUCUUUCGACGAUCUGAUGGCCAAACGAGGCGCUUUUGCCAAACUUGCCAGCGCGGGCGAAUGGGAGCAGUAG